AGGAGGAGGAGGAAGACGGUGCCAAGCCAUGCAUGUCGCGGCUUCAUCGGGGCCCAAUGUGUCCUGGUGGACACCGGCCAACGUUUCCAGCUGCCCCGGCUGCGUCGCCAACGCAUCCGACGGCCUGGGCCCCGCGCCGCGGCUGCUGGACGCCUGGCUCGUCCCGCUCUUCUUCGCCGCGCUCAUGGUGCUCGGCCUGGUGGGGAACUCGCUGGUCAUCUAUGUCAUCUGCCGCCACAAACAGAUGCGCACGGUGACCAACUUCUACAUCGCCAACCUGGCGGUCACGGAUGUGACCUUCUUGCUGUGCUGCGUGCCCUUCACGGCCCUGCUCUACCCACUGCCCGCCUGGGUGCUGGGCGACUUCAUGUGCAAAUUCGUCAACUACAUCCAGCAGGUCUCGGUGCAGGCCACAUGCGCCACCCUAACGGCCAUGAGCGUGGACCGCUGGUACGUGACGGUGUUCCCGCUGCGCGCCCUGCACCGCCGCACUCCGCGCCUGGCGCUGGCAGUCAGCCUCAGCAUCUGGGUGGGCUCUGCGGCCGUGUCUGCCCCGGUGCUCACGCUGCACCGCCUCUCCACCGGACCGCGCACCUACUGCAGCGAGGCGUUCCCCAGCCGCGCCCUGGAGCGCGCCUUCGCGCUCUACAACUUGCUGGCGCUCUACCUGCUGCCCCUGCUGGCCACCUGCGCCUGUUACGGCGCCAUGCUGCGCCACCUGGGCCGCGCCGCCGUGCGCCCGGCACCCGCGGAAGGGGCCCUGCAGGGACAGCUGUUGGCUGAGCGCGCGGGAGCCGUGCGUGCCAAGGUUUCCAGGCUGGUGGCCGCCGUGGUCCUGCUCUUUGCUGCCUGCUGGGGCCCCAUCCAGUUGUUCCUGGUGCUGCAGGCUCUGGGCCCAGCUGGCUCGUGGCACCCGCGCAGCUACGCUGCCUACGCACUUAAGAUCUGGGCACACUGCAUGUCCUACAGCAACUCAGCGCUGAACCCGUUGCUCUACGCCUUCCUGGGCUCCCAUUUCCGACAGGCCUUCCGCCGUGUGUGCCCCUGUGCCCCUGGACGCCAGCGCCAGCCACGCGCACCCGGACUGGACCCCACGGGGGAGCUGCACAGCCUGGCCCCGCAUCCUGCCCCAGCCAGAGCGCCAAAGCACUCGGCCCCUCUCUGAGCUUACUCUAUGGGAAUCCACUGGAGUGGGGCUACAAUUAUUGUUAUUAAUAUUGUGUGUGUGUGUGUGUGAGUGUGCGCGUGUGCUAGGACAGGGGCUUGAACUCGGGGCCUAGCACACGCUCUUGCUUAAUAUAGUUCUGCUCAAGGCUGGCACUCUACCGCUUGAGCCACGGCUUCACUUUGCGCUGGUUACUUGGAGAGAAGAUGCCUGGGGUUGGCGGAGAACUGGGAUGCUCAGAUCUCAAGCCUCCUGAGUGGUUAGGGUCAGCCAGCAUCAGGCUAUUAUUAUUUUUAUUGUUCCAGAUCAUCAGUGAAAAUGUUUUGCUCUCUUUUGCUUUCAAUGUGGUAACAAUCGUUUCUGUAAUCCUCUCGAAUUGAAGACGAGCUAACACCUGUACUUUCUGGGUCUUUCCAGGAAGGUUCAGCCAUUUGGUAGCACUGUCUUUAUUACUGUAAGAUUGCAGAUCUAGGGGUUG